CGCACUGACUCCACGGACGGUGUUUUUUUGCAAUAUAGAGCAAUAGCAACAACCCUCCUAACGAUCCCCCGGCAGAGUCACUUAUUUGAUCAGAUGGGCUUUGAUAUUUGAAUCCCGUGGUUAGGUCGUUCGCAAUCAGCAUGACUACAAAGCCAGAAUGCAUGACAAAACGAAGCGUCCGUCGACAUGGCGGAAUUUGGUAACUGUUGCGUUCGAACGGGUAAGUGUUUACUAUUCGCUCUUGCUGGUGGCAAUUUGAGGGGAAUCAGUCGACUUUUGUGGAAUUUAUUGACCUUCUUCGAGUGACGACGGUUGGUGCUCGGAACCGGUUCAAGUGACCUGCUUUCCCUAUUUUCAGUGCACACCACACGAACAAAGACAUUCGAUAGAAUUAUAUCAAAAACGAUCUGAAGGGAAAAGGUGGCUACGGAGUAUAGGAACUAAUAUUUCAGUAACAAUUGUUGACGAGCACAUAUAACUCUUGCCUGAAAAAAAAGGGUCAGUGAGGUGCCAUUUUGUCUCUUAGUGAUCCGAGGCCUGUUUACACUUUGUUUUGGAAUCGUGUCUGAUAGCUCAAGUUCGAUUACAUGCAACCAGGAUGAUGCGUAGAAAGGUUUUUACAUCGAUGGCAAUUUUUGGUGGCAUCUAUACUAUUUGGCUGAUUAUUUCAACAGAAAGGCAGAGAUUUAAAGGUCUCGCCUCAAAAGAAUCAUCAUAUAACACAUCAGGAUCAGGAUGGUCAACAAAACCAGAGUCCGUUCAUUCUAUGGCAUCCAGACAAGAAGAGAGAAAACGUCAAGUUCUGGCAUACUGUAAAAAGACGAGGGCAAGAGCACUGCAAGCUAAGGACCUAAAUCAUUUCAUAGUGGACAGCAAACACCGACUGGUCUAUUGUUAUAUUCCUAAAGUUGCGUGCUCCAAAUGGAAGAAAAUCAUGGCGAAACUUGUGGGGUUGACUGGCAAGUCUGUACACAAACAAAAAUUCAACUUUCUCAGCUAUCACUCCAAAGCUGAUAUACGUUAUAUUUUGCAGAACUACUACAAGUUUCUUUUCGUUCGCGAGCCUUUUGAGCGACUAUUGUCAGCGUAUAGAAACAAACUGACCAAUCAAACUGAUAUCUACAAAUUGUACGCGAGCAAAAUCAAGCAAUCUGUCAGAGUAAGACUGGGCGCUAAUGAAACAUCUUCAGCACUUCAUGGAGAAUUUAAGUUCGAGGAUUUCAUAUCAUACUUAAUCGAUACUCACUCAAUAAGGGGGAAAAUAGAUGAACAUUGGAAUCAUUACGAUAACCUCUGUCAUCCGUGCGAGAUAGACUUUGAUUUUAUCGGAAAAUACGAGACAUUAACAGAGGAUGCUCCAUUUGUGUUACGCGAGGCGGGUGUGGAUCAUUUAGUAUCAUUUCCUCCUGUCCGUUACACAUCAACUAGGAACAGCUUGGGGGAUUACUAUUCCAAGGUUCCACGAGAAGACAUUAUGCGGGUCAAGAAACUUUACCGUCGCGACCUUGAAAUGUUCGGGUACAAUGCUAAGAACUCUCUAGGAAGCAUAAUAAAGUAAACGGUUUCUGACCAAAUUAACGUGAUGUCAAAAGUGACCAUUAUUGGACUGUCCAAAAUCAAAAUAUUAUAUUCUCUUGCCUGAA